AUGGCGCUCGGCAUGACAGCCGGGUGCCCAGUGCGCAUGAGCGAGAAGCACUUGCGCUUUGUGAUUGGUCCGGCGGCUUCUGGGAUCUGUCAUGUGUCCCAGCUACCGCCUUACCAUUCACAAAGCGCACCGCUUCUCGCGCAUGUGCACUGGGCACCCGGCUGUCAUGCCCAGUGCCCACACUACAGAAGCCAGGAAGACAGCGCGCCGCUGGAUAGAGGAACAGGUAAGAUCAAACAAAAACUCUGCGGAAGUAAGAGCGGGUACCUGUCAAAUUCAGGUACCCGCUCCCCACCUCCCCAAAGGUCAGCAGUCAUCUGU